ACCACUGCUCACUCCUCCUUAGUUGUAAUCACCAAUUCUUUUACCCUAAUCAUUUUCUAGGGUUUUAGUCUGCGUGUUCCAAAGGCCAGUUCUCCAUCUAGGGUUUUGCCUGCGCUUUAAUUCCACCAUCUGAAGAGUAAGGAGGGAUUCGGAAUUCCAUUCGGCUGCUCAGGAAUCCCAAUUCUUCAUCGUCAAGCUUAUUAGUGGUACCUUCGCAGUUAACUUGUGGUGGUUGCUUUGAAUUAUUCAGCAUGUCGUCUUUAAGGAAUGCUGUUAGCCGACGGGCUCACAAGGAGCGAGCUCAACCGGAAUCGAGGAAAAAAUUUGGGCUUCUUGAAAAGCACAAGGACUAUGUUGAGCGUGCGAAAGCGUAUCACAAAAAGGAGGAGACUUUACGGAUACUGAAGCAGAAAGCCUUCUACAGAAACCCAGAUGAGUUCAACUUCAAGAUGAUCAAGACACGAACUGUUAAUGGAGUCCAUAAAUUAAAGAGUCAGGCAAACAAGUAUACUCCAGAAGAGCUCAUGCUUAUGAAGACCCAAGAUAUUGGAUACAUAUUUCAGAAACUGCAGAGUGAGAAAAAGAAAAUUGAAAAGUUAACUGCGACACUGCACUCUCUUGAUAAUCGGCCUUCAAGUAGACACGUUUACUUUGCCGAAGACAGAGAGGAGGCUAGAGAAAUUCAAUCACGUUCAAGAAGUGGAAAAAUGCCGGUUUCUGAGGACAUUCCUGAUCAUAUAAAAAGGAAAACAGCUGGUUCCUACAGAGAGCUCGAAGCAAGGAGUAAGAGAGUCAAUGAGUUGGAGAAAAUCUAUAUGGAUAUGGCAAUGCAGAAGGAAUUAAAGAAAAAGGGUAAAAAACGCAAACUACGUGAAGAUGAGAUUGUCUCCCCAACAUCCAAGCCUGUAUUCAAGUGGCGGGCAGAGCGGAAGCGUUAAAAAGGAAUGAGGCUGCUAGUGAUAUCUAGGCCCUGGAAAGAAGUACGGACCUGAUGUACCGCAACUUUCCCAUGUAACGGAAAAUUUGAUCUACAUAUGAACAUGACACAAGUGGUAUAGUCAUGGAUAUUUGCUCUUUUUUAGGGUAGAAGCAUUUGCGUUUUUUGUGACUGCUAGUCAGAUCGUAGCAGGAUUUAUAACAAAACUAACAAAACCAAAGCCGUAUUCUGUUCA